UGUGUCGUGUAAGAGGAGGCCAUGAGCUCGCCAUCAAUUAUUCAAACGGUGGAAGCUGAUUGGCUGCUGCAUGACCGGCACACCUGCCAUACACAGAGGAGCAUCUCCUCACUUCUGCGCGUGUCCCAGGUCUGGUCAGAGGUCAAGAUGGUUUCUCCUGCGAUCGCUUUGGCUUUACUUCCUCUUUUACUCACCAUGAUCAUUCGUUAUCGUUAUUAUUUUGUGCUGCUGUAUCGAGCCGUUCUGAUCCGCUGGGUGAGGGACUGUUUAACGGGCAUCAGUCGAGAGGAACGGGUCUAUCGGUACAUCCUGACCCACGCCGCGCCCGGUGACCCCGAGAGCAUCCUGGACACCUUUGACCAGUGGUGCAGCAAUGUUGAGUUUAUAAGCAACAUCGGGCCCAAGAAAGGUAAGAUUCUGGACCGGUUACUACAGGAACACUGUCCGCUCACUGUGCUGGAACUGGGCACUCACUGCGGGUACAGCACAGUACGGAUCGCACGCUCACUGCCGAUUGGUGCUCGAAUUUACUCCGUCGAGAUGGACGAGCGAAACGCUGUCGUGGCUGAAAAGAUUAUUCGUCUGGCGGGCUUUGAUGAAGACAUGGUGGAGCUGAUCGUUCGCCCAUCGGAUGAAGUGAUCCCACGCUUGCGUGAGGACUACGGCGUGGAACGUUUAGAUUUAGUGUUCAUGGAUCACUGGAAGCGCUGUUACCUGCCCGACCUGCAGCUGUUAGAAGACAGUGGUCUGCUCGGAGAGGGCUCCCUCAUCGUAGCCGACAACGUCAUUUUUCCAGGAGCGCCAAACUUCCUGCGAUACGCCCGGCGCUCGGGUCUGUACGAGCUCAGAGUUCACCGCGCAUCACUGGAAUACAUCCGCGGUAUCCGUGAUGGAAUGGCUGAAAUGACGUUCCUCGGGAUAAAGUGAAAAUGUUGUCAAGAGUCCCGAGCAGGAGAAAUUUUGAAAAAACAUUUUGCACAAUGUGUGGACUUUUCAGACGGUCCCGUACC